CUCCACAUGCCGAUAAAUGUAAAAGUGAUAUCCUGUUCCCAUGAAUCUAAACACUCUUGUUUGGUUGUCAGGUUCUCAUACACCUCUAUAAACCGAACACAUGCUCGUGCAUAAACUCCAUUUUCUUGUAGUAAAAAACAGGGUCUGGUACACAAAAACAACCAUAGUAUAUAUUUGAAAUAUUAUUGCACAUAAAGUGCAUUUUCAAAAGUUUACCAUCUCCAUAAGCGGUUUUUGUCAUGUAAAUGAACAGCUGUUAAAAAGUGCUCAUUUUUAUUUGACGCUGUGCAAAUGUACACAACUGAAAUCAAUAAAAAUAAGCAUAUGGGCAAUUCUGCAUGCACUUAGCUCUAAAUGCAUUCAGGUGGGCCUCAUUAUGAUGAACAAAGUUGAUCAACAAUGUCAGUGUUUCAGGUAAGGCCACAUUAAUAGGGUCAUUUUGAGCAGGUGUGACAAAAACUUGCACUAUAGAGCUUUAAACAUGUCUCAUCAUUGCUUUCUGAGAUUGCUGUUGGUUUGUUUGACUCACUCUGUUGUUGGGUGUUUUCCUGGACUGUCUUUUGGAGACAUCGCUGGAAAUGAACCAAAGAUCAAAUUGCAAGCACUGGAAGUUUUCAACAUUGCUGAUUCUUCCAUCCAAAAGCCAAUAAAAGGCACUCUACUAAACAAUUUAGUACAGUUUAACAGCAAAUAUCAGUGGCCCAGAGUCAACUCAGCCCCAUACAGUCAGAAAAGCGAUGGCAAUGCCAAAAACCCAAGCUUUAGACUUACUGAACCAAAAGAUCCUGCAUAUGUUAUGAAUUACCAAAAUAAGAUCUUGUCCAGCAGCAGAAAUAAUCCUGUUGAUUUGUCUAGCGUCAAAUAUAAUAAAGGACAUGAUGCCAAAACAAGCUAUGCUUUCCAAACAGUCCAACAGGAACUCAAUCCCUUCACAGGGAGCCAAUGGAGCUCUAGUGAUACAAAUCUGGGCUUAAGGCUGGUGAAGAUAGAAGGUCCGGUGGACAGAAUGCAUGCAGGAAAUGUGUAUAGAUCUGAGACAUUUGGAUAUCAGCCUAUUUCUAAAUCAGAAAUGCAUUCAGGCAGUCAACAACCAUUACGACUCAAUGAACCCUAUUUGAGGGAAGAUAUCUCCGUCCAACCAGCACAUGCUGAAAGAAUCUCAUCUAAUUACAUGUCCAGAAGCUCCAAUGCAAACCAUAAUAUGAGGUUCAAAAGUGAUGCAAAUGCCAUGUUUGAUCAAUCCAAUCAAAAUGGGCCGAGGAGGGUCAUGCCAAUUAUAGAAGAUUUAUCUUUUCUAGAAGCAAAUCAACAAGUGCACAAAUCAUCGCCACAUGUUUUUUCUGCUGGGACUGCAGCCCUUUCUCAAACUUCCCUGGGGAAUGUGAGAGAUUCAUCUCUUUCUAAGAUUCCCACAGUUCCAAGACUAAUACCUUUAGUUGCAAAAAGGCCAAAUUCAAAUAGAGGUGACCUAAUCUUUCCUUUAAAAAAACUUGUGAUGUUUUCCUCUGAGCCUGAUCAGAUGAAGCAUUCAGAUUCUAGAAGGGUCACCAUUCCACAAGCAAAUCCACAAAACAGCUUAGAGUAUGGAAAUACGAAGUCUUAUACAAACAGCUACACCCUAAAGGACAUUCAAUUGACUUCUGCGCAAAAUGGUUACCAAAACAUUGGACAAAGUUAUCAGGAUGUUGAACCUAUUCAAACACGUCACACUCAGAAGUAUGAUGAAGUGGCUUCAGGUUUAUCUGUUGACAUCCCGUCAACAACCAAUGGUGUCCUUUCUUACAAACAAUUUCUGUCAGAUGAGAAUAACAUCCGAAGCCAGCUUUCUGCAUUAUCUAAACCAUCAAUGCAAGGCACGUAUUUGACCUCCCAAAUACAGUUUCCAAAGAACACUGUGUUAUUUUUGGAACGUGAUAAGAGUGUUAAUCUACCAGACAUCACAAAUGAUUCACUAAUGAAGACAAGUCAGCAUAGCACGCGGCAUAGGACGGAUCUGAAUCCUUCAGGCCAAAGUAUAACCCAUUCGUUAUUUGUUAAAAAGUUUCCGGUGCCAAGUCUCGUGCCAGGCAACACUAUAAAGAGUGCUUACAGUGUUAGUCCAUCCGCGUCUGGCACAUAUAAAGAUUCAGCUGUAUCCACAGAUCAAAACCAUCCAUACUAUAUAUCUCCUAAAAAGCCAUAUGCUUUUAAAGGUUUUGUCCCAACAUCUCUACAAAAAUCCAAAGUGCACUUUGAACAGAAACCUAUCACAAACUCUUUAUUGAAUAUGCAAUAUGUUGCUGCUCAUCCAAGUACCAUUCAAGAGCCCUUAAUUUCUGACCAGUUUAAAAAAAUGCUUUUCCAGUUUGAGGACUUCAAAACAAGCCAAGACAAACAACCAGAUCCUGAUCUGACAGACUCCUUUAAUAACAGACUACAGCUCUCCUUUAAAGAGGGUGGAAGUAACAUGAAGUAUGAUGUUCAAGGUCAAGCUGAAGCCAGGAGUGGCACUGAAUCUUCAAAUAAUGGAGCAGCUUUUCUGCAAAAACACCUUAAAAAGGCAUACAAGGAAUUACCACUUGAGGAAGUUCAGUCAGAAACAUCCAAGAGGUGGACUUCAGCCUUACACAACCUAAGUCAAAUGCCAAAAGUGGGAUCCUCCAUCAGCAGGUUUGUUGGUUCUAAUGCACACUUCUCAACCACUAAAUUUUCCAACAAUCAUGAGAAUCCUAAAUCAGAGAUUAUUCAACCAAUUUACAAGACUCCUCUUAUUAACAAAGCAGUUGCUGUUGUCCAUCCAAUUCACAUGUAUAAAUACAAGGAACCGGAAGCUCCAUUAAAUUCAGCUAAGGAAAUUCUGGGGAAUAGAAACCCAGCUGAAGUAACCCAAUCAGAUAUUAGUGAAAAUGCCAUGAGAUCAAGUCCGACAAGUAGUGUUGUGAUUGGGAAGCUGGUUGAAGUUACAGAAAAAGGAAAAGGAUCUGGAGAAAAUUCAUACUUUCAAAAUUCUUAUUCAGCGCCAUUUACUCAAUCUACAUCAUACAGAUCUACUCAUCUAAAGAGUCACAAAGUGAAUAGAUUUUCCACUAUAUACAGAUCUACUAUUAAACAGUUUGACCCGAUAAAUGAAACAAACAUUGACUUCUAUGCUAUUGACGCAUCCCAGUCAUCAAGUCCCACAAGCAGCUUUGUAAUCGGACGGUUAAUCAAUACCUUUAACAAUGCCUCCACCAAAACAAAUCCCAAAGCAUCUUCAACAAAAACGGCUCUGAACAGUUUUAAGCCAUUUCGAUUUUCAGAUAUAGCUGGUAGUGCUUCUUUCACUAAUGCUAAGCUACAUUCUGCUGCCAUCACGCCAAAGGAAGUUGCGGAUGUCACAAGAGUUUCAAACCACUCUGAUUCAACAGUGAUGGCGGAAAUUAUUGACAGCUCCUCUGUGAUCUCAACAUUAAAAAUCGAAGAUGAUGUUCAAAGCCCGGUGAGUUUCAGUGUCUCUGAGUUUCUGCCAACAGCUGCAAUAGACAUCAGCAUGGAGUCUCGGUCAUCAUUUACAGAAGAAUAUUCUCCAUCUCAAACAAAUUCACAGCUGAAUCAUUCAAAAGUGGAUACUCAUUCAUUUUAUGAGGGAACUUUGAUGCCAGAUAUUACUACCACUUCGGUCUCAGUUACCUCAGAUGUAGACUGGCUUUUUUUAAAUUUGUGAGGUUAACUUGUACAGUAUGAACGUCAAUGGUAAACGUCUUUAGCAGACGGCAGCUUGAAGUGUUUCUCUGUUCUGUAGGUAGAUGGCGCCAGAUCUGUUGUCACGUUCAUUUUGCAUUAAAUGUAAUGAAUGUAAA